ACGACACAUCCCACCCAGUAAUUUCGCUUCUCGGAAAUUAUGUAUUCACCUCGUUUUCAAAAUGACCGAACUCAUCGGGCAGUCGAGUCACGUUUUUGCCGAAGAGACACGACCACACACAGGUGUACCGCUUCAUGACGCAACGGACCGCAUAAUUCCUAAGGGGCGUUUGCGGGGGCGGAGUCGCGGUCGCGAAGAAAGUGCACAACUGGUGGCCAACGCGUGUUAUACGCAGCGCGAAACGCGAAACGUGCCGCCAUCGAAGUCGAAACGAUAUCGCGGCUUGAUGAAGUGUGGCCGAUAACUGCGUGUCAAACGAUACCAUUGACAAGUGCUCGUGCAACAGCGCAUUCGACAAAGUAGACAGCUCUACCCGAUAGAUAACGAGCGCGACCUGGUUGCCGCGAUAAAGCGGAAAAUGCAUGCGUUUUCGCGUUCCCUCUCCCUCUGUCUUUCCCAGUUUUUUUUUUGCACAGGAUCGCAACAUCGAACAUGACCGGUGUACGCGUGUAAGCGCAGUAGUGGAUGCAAAUACAAGGCUAGCGGAUACAAAGCUCUCGUCGGUGUUUAACGUUUAAGUUAUUCGUACGCGUGAACUCUGGCGAGGAGACAAUUUCUGGCCGGCGAAGGCAGGAUGUCGAUGGAUAAAAUCAUCAAUAGGGUGGACAUCAAUUUUGAUAACGGUUUACCAAGGGGCGCGGAUAAAGAUACGCACCGGAUGUUGGGAAAGCGAGGCAAUUUUCGAAAGAGUCGUCGCGCCGAGAGAGACGUCGGACGGCAGACCGAACGGUCAUUUUACUCCACACUGAUACGACUGGUCAGUAAUAGUCCGCUUUUGACAAUGUACGAGAUAUAUCGUCGCUGGAGACAAAUCUCCGGAGAAAUUUACAUUUUAAUAAUAACGGCCAACUGUGUCAUCGGUGAACGGAGUUGUGCCAGGACGGGAUGAGAAGCGAAGAGGGAGACUGGCGUCGACAAGACGCGACCGAAGUUUGAUAUUUCGCCGAAAAGUCCUCGCAUUGUCUAAAAGUUGAUGGUGUCACCCCAAGGAGGAAGAUAACAUCUGGUGCUGCCUCCAUCAACAGCCUACUC